UUACAAAUUUUCAAAUUAGCCAAUGGAGCUUGGCUGCUUUUCAUAAGCCAAUCAGAGAGAAGAUUUUUUUCUAUAACUAUAUCCAGAGCACAGCAAUAUUCUAUUUGAACUUGAGAGUGCGGGCAUUAUUUGAAAUGGCCAGGACCAAGCAGACUGCCAGUAAAUCUACUGGUGGUCAAGCCCCUCGUAAGCAGCUGGCUACCAAAGCUGCUCGGAAGAGCGCGCCUGCCACUGGGGGAGUGAAAAAGCCUCAUAAUUAUCGCGCCGACACUGUGGCCCUGCGAGAGAUCCGCCGCUACCAGAAAUCAACUGAGCUGCUCAUCCGCAAGCUGCCCUUCCAGCGCCUGGUGCGUGAAGUCGCCCAGGACUUCAUAACUGAUUUGCAAUUUCAGAGCUCGGCUGUUAUGGCCCUGCAGGAGGCGAGCGAAGCCUACUUGGUGGGGCUCUUUGAGGAUACCAACUUGUGCGCUAUUCACGCUAAGAGAUUCACUAUUAUUCCUAAAGACAUCCAGUUAGCCUGGGGUGAACAGGCUUGAAGUCUGCACCGCUGCAUUCUGAUUGCUUAAAUACUCCAAGUCUCUUUUAAGAGCCACUACAUGAGCAUUGAAAAGAGUUGUAACACACCCAUAAUGUAUAUCCUUUAAGCCCGAGACGUAACUGUUUGCUACUUACUUAAAUUAAAAAUUAUAACAGAAACCAUCUAGGAUGGCUCUACUUUUUCAAAGUAUUUUCUUGAUGUAGCACACAACUUCCCAUUAGGCUGCCUUAAUUAAAAUCUUUAGCUUUUCUAGCCAAAUUAAUUUAAUGGGUACUUUUAUGUGGUGACAAAGAUAGUCUUUUUGUCUUUUAUCUCUGUUUAU